UGUCGCUGUUGCUGCUGUUGCUGUGUAUUUGAUUGACAGGAAACAUGUCGGUGUGGAGGGAGAGCGCCGGGAUGCAGCUGCUGGCACGGGAGACGGGGAGUACCUGCACCCAAUGCACACAACACCUUUAAAUAACAUUACAGCGCCGUUUCGUGUUUAUCCAUUGUGCAAUAAGGCGUUAACUAUCUAUUUUUAUCUUUCUAAGAUCUACAAACGCUCAAUGGAUGCAGCAGAAGCAAACGCUCUGUUCUAAUUUUUAUUUCUCUUCAAUAUCUGUAUAUUGUGUUUGACUCAGCCCUCAGCAUCAGUACCACUACCUGAACUACCCUGAUGAAAACACUCCGUCAAGAGAUACAAAAAGGACGAUUACAAUGGAGUCGCCUUCCAAAUAGAAUCGUCUUUUAAAAACACAUUUAAAUAAUUGAUACAUAUAGCCAGCUGCUUCUUACUUGUAUUUAAAAUUUUAUUUCUGUUUUAUCAGUUCGCUGAUACAUUUUGAAAGUAUUUUCUAAUAAAAUUGAGAAAAGUAAAAAUACAAACGACCACUGCUCGCAAACUAUGGACGAGGAGAAUAUGACAAAAAGCGAAGAGCAGCAUCUGAGUUUGCAAAAAGCCUUGCAGCAGUGCGAGCUGGUGCAAAAUAUGAUAGACAUUAGCAUCUCCAGUUUGGAGGGUUUAAGGACCAAAUGUGCCACAUCCAACGACUUGACACAAAAAGAAAUACGAACGCUGGAGGGCAAGCUGGUGAAGUACUUCAGCCGGCAGCUGUCCUGCAAGCGGAAGGUGGCCUUACAGGAGCGCAACGCUGAGCUGGAGGAAUUCCCCCACCUGGCCCACUGGCUGCGCAUCGUCAACAUGAGGAAGGAGGUCAUGGAGGAAAUCGGCCCAGGUCAGCUGACCCUGGAGGAGCUGCUGGAGAUGAACGACGAGCAGGUGUGUGAGACUGUGCAGAAGUUUGGUGCCAACGCGGAGGAGUGUGCUCGGCUCAACGCUGCCCUCUCCUGUCUGCGCAGCGUCCACAAAUCAGAACAACUUGAGGACGAGAAAUUGCACAAUAACGGAGGAAGCAGCCAAGCCAAGCAGGACUGGGCUAUCCAGUGGCCCAGCUCGGGAAAGGAAAACGCCCCUGUGUGUCAGCCCGAGCCCAGCCAGUGGAUCCGCUUCCAGCUCUCCCAGAGCCCCAAGGUCCAGUCCAAGUACAACCAGCACUUCUGUCAUAGCCCCCAAACCCUGGCCCCCUCCUACACCCACGUGGAUCGGCUCACUGUUGAGGGGCACCUUGGACUCCUCCCUCCGCUGGAUGCCGGCCACCGCUCCCUGCCCCCCUCACCUCGCCAGAGACACUUUGCCCACACUCCUCCCAGGACUCCCCUGGUGGUCAACACCAUGACCCCACCUGGCACCCCGCCCAUGAGAAGGAGGAACAAGGUGAAGGCCCCUGGCACGCCCCCGCCCUCGUCGCGCAAGCUGAUCCACCUCCUGCCCGGCUUCACGGCUCUACACCGCAGCAAGUCGCACGAGUUCCAGCUGGGGACCCGUGUGGAUGAGGCACAGACGCCCAAGGCAAAGAAGAGGAGCAAGCCCCUCAACCUGAAGAUCCACAGCAGCGUGGGAAGCUGCGAGAACCUGCCAUCCCAGCGCUCCCCCCUCCACUGUGAGCGCUCGCUGCGCUCCUUCUUCUUCCCCACAUUCCUCCCUUCCACGCCGCCCGUCCACCCCGACGCCACUUUCUCUGCAAACACACUCUCAGUGCCUCGUUGGUCUCCUCAGAUUCCCCGCCGAGAUCUGGGAAAUUCAAUAAAACACAGAUUUUCCACCAAGUACUGGAUGUCUCAGACAUGCAUAGUAUGCGGAAAAGGAAUGUUGUUUGGACUGAAAUGUAAAAACUGCAAGUUGAAGUGCCACAACAAAUGCACCAAAGAAGCCCCGCCUUGCCAUUUACUGAUUAUUCACCGUGGAGAUCACCAAGGAACAACCCAAGCUCGUCUGGUCAGGACUGAGUCGGUACCAUGUGAUAUCAACAACCCCCUCAGGUACACGGAUUUGCACAUCAGUCAAACGCUCCCCAAAACCAACAAAAUCAACAAGGAUCAUAUUCCUGUUCCCUAUCAACCGGACUCUAGUAGUAACCCCUCCUCCACAACCUCCUCCACACCGUCAUCCCCAGCCCCUCCUCUUCCUCCCAGUGCCACACCCCCUUCGCCUCUACACCCCUCCCCCCAGUGCACUCGACAACAGAAGCAGUUCAAUUUAACAGCCUCUCAUUACUUCAAAUAUAAGCAGCAGUUCAUUUUUCCAGAUGUUGCCCCAGAGGCCCCGACCAGAGCUCCCCAGGUCAUUCUGCAUCCUGUUCUUUCUGAACCAGGUAAUGAAGGGAACCCCCUGCUACAGAUUGAAGUCGAACCUACAUCAGAGAAUGAGGAGGGGAACGAUGAGGCAGAGGACUCGGAGGACGAGUUCGAGGAGAUGAACCUGUCGCUCCUCUCGGCCCGUAACUUCCCCCGCAAGGCCAGCCAGACCAGCAUCUUCCUGCAGGAGUGGGACAUCCCCUUCGAACAGCUGGAGAUUGGCGAGCUCAUCGGCAAGGGGCGCUUUGGUCAGGUGUUCCACGGGCGCUGGCAUGGCGAGGUGGCCAUUCGUCUCAUCGACAUUGAGCGCGACAACGAGGACCAGCUCAAGGCCUUCAAGAGGGAGGUCAUGGCCUACCGCAACACCCGGCAUGAGAACGUGGUGCUGUUCAUGGGGGCCUGCAUGAGCCCGCCCCACUUAGCCAUCAUCACCAGUUUAUGUAAAGGGAGGACCCUCUACUCCGUUGUGAGGGAUGCCAAAGUUGUCCUCGAUGUCAAUAAAACCAGGCAGAUUGCACAGGAGAUGGUUAAGGGGAUGGGUUACCUGCAUGCAAAAGGCAUCCUUCACAAGGACAUGAAAUCAAAGAAUGUCUUUUACGACAACGGCAAAGUGGUCAUAACUGAUUUUGGCCUCUUCACAAUAUCUGGAGUUCUGCAAGCUGGCAGCAGGAGGGAGGACAAGCUACGGAUCCCCAGUGGGUGGCUCUGUCACCUGGCCCCGGAGAUCAUCCGCCAGCUGUCCCCCGAGACCGAGGAGGAUAAACUCCCCUUCUCCAAGCAGUCUGAUGUAUUUGCUUUUGGCACUAUAUGGUAUGAGUUACAUGCACGCGAGUGGCCUUUCAAGAACCAACCGGCAGAGGCGAUAAUCUGGCAAGUGGGGAGUGGAAUGAAGCCAAAUCUCACCCAGAUCGGCAUGGGCAAGGAAAUAUCAGACAUCUUGCUUUUCUGCUGGGCUUUUGAGCAGGAAGAGAGACCUAGCUUCUCCAAGCUGGUGGAGCUGCUGGAAAAAUUGCCAAAACGGAACCGUCGCCUUUCCCACCCAGGGCACUUCUGGAAGUCAGCUGAGCUGUAACAGAAGCAGCGAAGGGACUGUGCCUUUUUUUGCGUGAAGCCCCACCCUCCAUACACAACCCCCUCCUCCUUCCCCUCCAAGCCCCUCCUGCCCCCACCUGCACUUCUCUGCUGUACAGUCCACCCUCAGCUACUCCCCCCUCCCCCCACGUUCCCUCUCAACACCCUUGCCAGGAGUCAACCGAAAUGGAACCCCUAGAGGUUGCAACCCCAGCAUCCCAGCCCGCCUCCAGGGCCACGGACAGAAUCCAGCACAGAUGAGCCUUUCUCCCUCUCGAUGCCUCAAAUGUUUGUAACCACCUGCUCCUUUGUGACAUCUUGGCUGCACCUUUCAUCGCACCGUGGUCUAUUUCAGUAUUGAUAUUCAAUAGUAUUGAUUUCUCACCCAACCCCCCCCAUCUACCCCUGUCCUUGUUCCUGCUGCACACUUGGGUAUCUGACAGGAACUGAGCAUUGUUCUGUUCUUCACAAGUCUGUCCACGUCAUCCACGGCCUCACUGUGAAUUUGGUGGGCGUUACGGUUGUGGUUCCUUUAUCUGUGCAGUGAUGCUCGAACGAUAUCUUCCCUUUCGUUUAUGCCAUUCAUGAUUGCACAUUUUCAUUCACCCCCUCACAAAUUUUUAUUCUCAUCGUCAACACGAAUCUCUGCAUGGCUGCUGGCUCCCUGUCCCACUGACAUUUUCAUUAGUUCAAUGUGCUAUGUGUCUUUGAUGUUUAACAACAACCUAGGCUUUCAUUUGUGAAUAGAGUAAAUCUGAUGAUUUAGUCACAGUCAUCCCUAAAUGAAGAUUUUUAGAAAUGAAAAUGAGGAACAUAUACGAUCAUUUUAACAAUACAUAUACAUGCCAGAAGAGGAUUACCCAUUUUUAUUUGCUGUUGUAUCUAUGUGAUAAAGACUGUGCCAUCUCUUAAACUGUUCGACUUUGUUGAGACAGAUGUGCUCACACAACUACACAAUUUUUGUAUCUGCUACAGUAUGUCCCACAGUUAUGUUUCAUAUAACCUCACUUCCACUUCACCUUAACUUUUAACAGUCACAAAAUUAAGCUGACAAACUAAGUAGGACUACCUGAUGACAGAAUAACAAAUGCAUGCAUGGAUUAAAAUAGGGCAACACUUCUGACAGUAUCUGAUUAAUUCAUUAUUUUCCAUAUAACAGGGAAAAAGACAACGUUCUCAUUGAUAUUCCCCACUGUGUGGCAGAUGUGUACAGAGGUAUUUGCUUUUCAGGAUAUAAUUUGAGUCAGUGAUUUUUUUUUUUUUUUUGGAUUUGUCAGACAUGACGUGUGGAGGGAGAAGAUUUGAAAAAGUGCCUGGUUGAGAGGUAGUUAAUUGCAGAGAGGUGUACGUGUGCCAUUACCUCUCCCCCACGCAUGCAGAGUGCCUGAUUAAACGCCCUCAACACAGAAAACCAAUGCAACCAAACAGCCAACUAAAUGCCAAACACAUAGUUACGUUGUCUUCAAGCAGUGGCAUGGAUUUUAAAAAACGCAGAACGCUUUGUUGCUUUCCGGAAGACUUCUUUUUCAUGCACGUUGUCCGAUGAAAACAUUUUUUGAGGACUUGAUUGAUUCAGAUGUGCAGGACAACUCAAUUUAUAGCUGUUAAAAAUGUCUUGUUGGAAUCUGUCCUGCUGGAAUCCCUUUGCAAACAGGAUUUUGUAUGCAUUUCACUGAGUAGAAGGAUGAAUCACCCCUCUUGUGAUUAGCUAUUAAUUCACAUUAGCCCAGAAUGCUUUGCAUAAAUAACCCUGUAAGCAAUGGAGAAAACAGAUCUGUUAAUGAGGCACAUUUCAAAUAUACUAAUUGAAUAGGAUGUCAGAAAUGCACUCACACUCACUAUGCCAGCGCUCGGCAGUAUGUAAAAAAAGAGCAUUAUUUACAAUAUUUUUGAUCCUUGUGAACAUUUUUAGAAUUUCUCUUUUAUCAUUUGGCAAUUGAGCCCACUUUUCCAUGUAUUUGUUCACCCAUAACGGCUGAUACCAUUGCAAUGCCCAUUGUUGACCAUCUAAUGCAAAAUAAAGCCGCUCAUCUGAUUAUCCAGGGACGCCAACACCAUCUUUGAAGUAAAUGCAUCGAGAUGUCUCCAGUGAAGAGACCGUAUCUGUAGCUCAGGCUUGAUCUUGAUCAGACGUGCAUGAUUCCCUUGCUCUCAUCAGAUAAGGCCAUUGUGCUUCCUGAGUGUGUGGUGACACACAUUUCCACACGUUCAGUUUUCUCUGCUGCUUUCACGUCCAUCCAUGCUCACAUUUCACGGUGCUUGAAGUGUAAUUAAGCCAUAUGCUUAGAGACAGAGGGCACCAUGUUUGUUAGCUAGAGAGAGCGUGGGUUGUGGAGCAAUGCCUUUCAAACAUGUUCUCAUAUUUACCCCUAAGUCUCCUUCCUAUAUGUACCACGGUAACUCUUGUCAGUGUAAAGAAUUCUUAUGGAGGAGGCGCGAGCUUAGAGACUUCACUGUAGCCACUAGCACAAUCGUUCCAUUCAUUUCAUUGAACUAAAGCAGAAAAAUGUCACAAAUGACAGGAUUCCCACAACAGAUGUCUUCUUCAUACUAAACUGGCAAAGCUGCUUUUAGGGGAAAUGGGAACAGAAUCCAGAGAUCUGUUCAACAGAGAUACACUUGUCAUGUAAGGUUUGAUUCUAACACUCUUUUUCACAUGCCCAGAACGUAGCAACAAAGGACACUGGCGUCUGAUUUUAAUGUACGCAUCGAAACAAACACAGUUUUUGUGUGCCAUUCAUGUGGAGUGUUUUGUGCCGCUAAUGCACUGGCACCAGCUCUUGUUCCGCUUUUUGGGUUUACCUUUUAGCCACAUUUGUUUUUAUGGACAGAUCACAAAAGCAAGGUGUUUAUUAGUGCCCCUUAAGAACUCAUUAACAUGCCUUAAAAAGUAUUAACCUUUGUUUUUUUUUAUAAUUUCAUUCACUGUAAAGGCACACACUCACAUACUCACACUCCAGAAUAUAGGUAGGUGGGGAUUCACUGACACAUGAACAUAGUUUUUACAAAUUCAAAACAAUGAGGCUGAAAACAGGGCUGUCUCAAUUUAAUAACAUAAUCAAACUUGUUUUCAAGUGAGCAUAUUCAGCACUUGUGUCAUGGGGCUAGUGACAGUUUUCUGCACAACGAUGAAUACAAAUGUCAGCUGCUGCAAGGUAGUUUGUCCCGUGGGUCACGUCAAACUGUCUGUCUCACAGUUAGUGUGACAUUUUGUGUUUUUGGAAUUCAUUUGUUUAUGAGGCGGAUAUUGCCAUGAUGAGAAAAUAUGACCCACAAGGACGGAGUAAAGCACGCUCAGUCUGGGACUGCUUUUUAUACUGUUCCAAAAAUGCAAGGAGUCAUGUUCCUUAUUGAUAAUUGCAGGCUCUUUUCUCGCAAGCCACCCAGGGCUGUCAAAGUGCCACUAAUCCCUGUCCCCCAGCCUCAUUGCAUGAAAGUAUUCAACCAAUCAAAGCCCUCUAACAAUGAACCAGUUUCUCUUCUCUUGCUAGUUCUGGGAGAAUUAAUGGUUGGUGACUCAGUGGAAAUCAACCAGGCAAUUUAAUUGAUCUGAUUUAGGUUGUUUUCUUCUAACAUUUAUUUUUGGGUCAGGGAACACA